UCGAGCAGUCUACGGCCAGCGGACUAACUAAGCAGACGCGCUCCCAUUCCCAUUUUCCCCAUAAACGUGAAAGGUAACCAACCAAGUUUCCCGGGUUCUGUAUAAAACGAGCCGUAACGUUCUACACGAAACUCAAACGCGUGCCAGAAACCGCGAGUGCAACAGCAAAACUCUUACGUUAAAUAGACAACCAAAGAUCAAUUCUUAAGAUGAGCCACCACUGGGGUUACACCGAAGAGAAUGGACCCGCACACUGGGCCAAAGACUAUCCACAGGCAUCCGGUCAUCGUCAAUCGCCGGUGGAUAUAACACCCUCCACCGCCACCAAGGGCAGCGACCUCAAGGUGGCUCCCCUCAAGUGGAAGUAUGUGCCAGAAGACACCAAGAGUCUGGUCAAUCCCGGCUAUUGCUGGCGCGUGGAUGUGAAUGGUGCCAAUUCUGAAUUGACUGGUGGACCAUUGGGCGAUCAAAUCUUUAAGCUGGAACAGUUCCAUUGCCACUGGGGCUGCCAGGACUCCAAGGGGUCGGAGCACACAGUCGAUGGAGUCUCCUAUGCCGGCGAACUGCAUCUGGUUCACUGGAAUACCACCAAGUAUAAGUCUUUCGGCGAAGCAGCCGCCGCUCCCGAUGGUCUGGCUGUAUUGGGCGUGUUCCUGCAGCCGGGUGAUCAUCAUGCUGAGCUGGACACUGUGACCAGCCUGCUGCAGUUUGUGCUGCACAAGGGUGAUCGGGUCACCCUGCCCCAGGGCUGUGAUCCUGGCAAGCUGCUGCCCGAUGUCCACACCUACUGGACUUAUGAGGGCUCCUUGACGACGCCCCCAUGCUCUGAGUGCGUCAUCUGGAUUGUGUUCAAGACACCCAUUCAGGUGUCGGACGAUCAAUUGAAUGCCAUGCGCAAUCUCAAUGCCUACGACGUCAAGGAGGAGUGUCCUUGCAACGAGUUCAACGGCAAGGUGAUCAACAAUUUCCGCCCUCCUCUGCCGCUAGGCAAACGCGAGCUUCGUGAAAUUGGUGGACACUGAGGAUGGAGCAAUGGAUUUCUUGGAUAGAACGGAUGGUCAAAAGUGAUUGGAUUCAAGUCGUAUGCUUAGUAUAUCACAGCGUGCACCUUAUAUAGAUGGAUGGGAGGCACUCGAUGCCGAUGAUCCAAAUUGUUAGUCUCGUUUUAGUUCUUAUUACUUUAUAACAAACACUUGUACCUCUUUAUUAAGUAUCUGCUUGUAUAAUUGUAUGUGUAACAUGUAUCUUGUAUCUGUACGUUUGUUUGUUAAACAUUUGCUAAAUAAUGACAAUUAGAUUAAUGUGUAUUACACUUUACGGUAUUACAAAAUAAAUAUAUUACGUUUAGAUGUUGCAAUGAAAAACAGUCAAAAGAAA